UUCUUGAUGCUACAACAGUUAACAGUAAGAAGUCGCAGAUUGGAUUUUUUGCCGCAGGAUAUACUCGUGGAACUCUUGCUGGAGUGAGAACUUGAUCCAGUGCUUGAGAGCCGGCUUCUGGAAGCGGCGUUGUCAUCAGAGUCCACUCUCGACUUGGGGCUGCUCUCACCUAUCGGGCUAGGUGGGUCAUCAGAUGUAAAAGAAUCGAUGCCUAGGCCUAAUGGGUAAUGCUCCGGAGACAGGAGAUAAAAGUCAUUUGCUGUGCGAAGUUCGAAGGAGUUGAAAGUAAACGUCUCAACAUUCGCAUUGUCACAUUUAUAGCAAUGCCAAACAACGUUGUCAUGUCCGAGAUGUUCUAUGUCAUUUGUAUUCAGAUCCUCACACGAUUUGUGGUACCAAACAGAGCAAUUAUCACAGCAAACAGCAUGAUGAGACCAAUUUACUGGCUUCUCACAGUAUCCACAAGGGUAGAUGGCAGCAGUCUUGGGUCCUGGGUUUACCUGGACAUCCCCAGAAAGAAGCAGAAUCAGUGAUAAACAGACUUGCUUUGCGUGGGUUUGCUCAUGAAUACCACGACGUAUUGCUCUUGUCGAUCUGUCAAGAUAUAACUGUUUGGCUCUAGAGGUAUCAUUAUGAAAAGAGACAGCUGCUAGGACCGAAUGUUCCUUCAGUUUAUCAAUCGACGUAUGGUGGUAGAAUCUGAGUAGAAAUACAAUGCAGAAAAGAAGAUGCAACCAGCAGGAUGUCUUAUUUGGAUGGAUGGUAGACAUCUCCGAGAAAGCUGUAUCUGUAUUCGCUCAUACACUGUGACAUAAUCCCGCUUUCACAUAGGUAGAAGGUGGUCGAGGGGAGGCCCAAAAGCCCAAUUUUUAGAAAGACAUAAUUAACAAAAUUGACACAUGAGCAUAGAAAAUAACAAUAACAAUCAUUAUAUACACAAUUUGUCAAAAUAUACUUUACGAUUGGUGAGAUUUAGGCCGAUAUUUUUGAGUUUGGCUGGAGCUCCCGUAAGACAGGUCUGUCGACGAUGACGUGCGCCCUCUCUCCCCAUUUGCCUAGAAUUCACCAUGUCUCUCGCAACGAUGACUAUAAGAGAAAAGGAUCAGAUGUAUAGGCUGAUAAUUAGUCAACUUCUUCAUGAUGGUUACCAUGAGAUUUCACAGCUGCUGAGUAAGAUUGUGUGUCCGGUUCCUGAUUGUCCACCAUCAGAUCGUCUUCAGAAAGUUGUACAGCUAGGUCUUAGAGCAGAACCUGACAGACCACCUCCAGUCCUGAUAUCUGACACAGUUGCUCCAGCUUCAUCUAUUGAUUUGGACUUUGAUACAGAGGUGCAAUCACAAGCCCCUGAAGCAGCCCAGUACGAGACCUGCUAUGUCACCGCUCAUAAGGGUCCCUGUCGGAUAGCUGCAUGGAGCAACGAUGGUCAGCUGAUUGCAACAGGAUCAACAGAUGCAUCAAUCAAGAUCCUGGAUGUGGAGCGUAUGUUAGCAAAGAGUGCAGCCUCAGCCCCUACCACAGAUACAGUAGAAAGUCACCCUGUUAUCAGGACCUUAUAUGAUCAUGUUGAUGACAUCACAGCCCUCGACUUUCACCCGUCAUGGCCCAUCUUGGUAUCGGGAGGUAAAGACUGCACCGUUAAACUCUUUGAUUUCUCAAAAUCAACCGUCAAGAAGUCGGCCAAGUCCAUCCAGGAAGUUUCCCCGAUCAGGUUCACUACAUUCCAUCCAUGUGGGGAUUUCUUACUGGUUGCAACAGAACACCCAACGUUGAGGCUGUAUGAUGUAAAUACUGCUCAGUGCUUUGUGUCUUGUAAUCCCAGCGACCAACAUAAAGCUAUGAUGAAUAUGAUGGAAUACAGUCCUCUUGGCAACAUGUAUGCCUCUUGCAGUAAUGAUGGAUCUAUCAAACUCUGGGAUGGUGUGAGUAACAGGUGUGUCAAUACACUCAAAGACGCUCAUGGAGGAGCUCCUGUCUGCUCUGUUAGAUUCUCAAGAAAUGGAAAGUAUGUGCUAUCCAGUGGCAAAGACUCCUUGGUGAAACUUUGGGAGAUCGCUACCAGCAGAACACUCAUCACAUACACGGGAGCCGGGUCUGAGCAGAUGAAGACUAAUACACAGGCUGUAUUCAACCACACAGAGGAUUAUGUAUUCUUUCCUGAUGAGAAGACAUUGAGUUUAUGUUGCUGGGAUUCAAGGAAUGCAGAGAGGAACAAGCUGUUAUCUCUAGGCCACAACAAUGUCGUCAGUUGCAUCAUCCACUCACCUACAGGACCUGGCUUUGUGACUUGUAGUGAUGACUUCAGAGCUAGAUUCUGGUAUCAUCGAACUGACUCGAACUGAUUUUCUGAGAAGCAUAAUUAGCUGAAGUCAGACAUAUAGGAGUGUAGUUCAAUCAGGGGUUUCUAGGUAAACUAGGCCAUAAGCUUCAUUUUCAAUUCCCUCAGAGAGGAUUUAGACCUGUAGUUCUCUUUAUUUGCUCUAGAACAUACAGGACCCCAUUUCAUAAGACUUUCUAUCGAUAAACAUACUAAGUUUCCAUGACAAAAACUAUCUUGGCCAAGCGAAAGGCACCGUUACAGUAGCUUAUAGUAGAAGCUUUGAAUGUGUCAUUGAUGACUAGUUUUAUGAAGCAGGGCCCUAUCCUGUCUAUCUUGAUGCCGGUCAUGUAACCUAUUCUAUUACACCCUUAAACAUGUAAUAUUUUUGUACAUUAUUUUGAAAUGUGUUUGGGUAAUACAUGAUUACAUGUAAAUGUUUCUGAAGCAUUACAUGGUUUUAGGUAUCUGCUGCAUUUUUUGUUAGGUAUUCAGGAUUUUUUUAAAGUAGCUGUAGGCGAGAAGACACAUUCCCAAUCUAUAAAACAGAGAAUUAGAAGGGGAAAAUAGAAAAAUUGUAAAAAAAAUAACACUCCACUCAUACUAAUUCAGGCUACAGGCUAUGCAGCCAGCAGGCUUAUUUGAUUGGAGGACAUCCUUAUAAACCAAAAGUUCUUUAUUUUGAAACAUGCAAAUUGCAUAUACAAUAUAUUCCUUGUUCCUGAAAUGAAAAAAAAAGGGUCCAUACAUUGAUUAUUUGGAAUAACAAACCACAUUUUGUGUUUAAUUAAUCAACUUAAGAAAUGUUGGAUUAACAAACCUUUGAAUGAAUAAACAUAUUGAACCUUCCAAGAAUUCAAAUUUUCAGAAUGAUAAUCGUCAGACUUUGAGCUGUAAAUGUGGAAGCAGAAUUCAUCAGAGUAUUCUGUCAAACCCCUUUUCUGGGUCAAGAAUCUGCUACAUAUAGCAUUGAAGAGCUUGCUGCAAGUAUAGAAAAUUAUCCAAGUGACAUUCUCCAGAAAAUGGUUUUGAGGAGUUAAUUCACCCAUUUGGCAUAGGAAAAAAUGUGACAGAAUUAGAGACUACCAAACACCAGAACCUAGUGUGCACCUGUGGCCCAAGGAUUUGUAUUAUUUCACAUCAAAACCUUUGUAAUCAUCUGGAAGCUUCUAUUUCACUUUAACUUGAUUUUUUUUCAUAUGAAGGAAAAGAACAUUACCUGAAUUAUUUACUAAAUGUAAUCAUUAUGUUGAAGGGUUUAUUUUCAUUAGGUCUAAUGUCAAUCUGUCCAAUUGCCAACUUGUCUUCUAUCAUUUGGUCUACCAUCAGUUCUUUCAAUUUCUACGUGAUCUAAUUGCCAUUUCAUCCACUCACCAUUUCGUCUAAUAACCAGGUAGUCCAAUAGCCAUUAAGUCCAUAUAGCAUUUGGUCUAAUAAUACUAAGUGUUGAUUGGGCGAAAUGAAUGAAAAUUAAACGGAUAUUAGACCAAUGGUUAUGAGACGAAAUGUUGAUGGACGGAAUGGCAUUAGACUAAAUGAAGGUAGGCCAUGUGGCGAGUGGACGAAUUUGCAAUUUACCAAGUUGAAGUAGUGUACCUUGUGCCAUUUUCUGAAUGAAGUAAAUGCAUAGAAACAAAUAUUACAUUUCAUUUUUUUUUUGGGGGGGAUGUGAUAUUGUUCCUGUUUUUCUCUUUUUUUGUAACACAUUGUAAUUAUUCUCUGUCACAGUUCUGUGUAUAUUCAAUGUAAAUAAAUUGCAAGACAAUUUCAA